AAAAAAAUAUGAAGUCUUCAUAUAUUUAGUAGAUUACUAGAUACUGCAUUAAGUCUAAGUUAGAGAGGUUAGGUAAAUAAAAAAGACGUCGAUUUAAACUUUUUCUUUUCAGAUUAUUAUUUAAUAAUAAUUUCGAUAAUAUCAGCAUAUAUGAAAGAUAUAAAAUGGAUGGAAUUGGGUUGUAUCGUAUAUUUUUACAAACACAUCAACCCCAGCUCAAGUCUUCCGGAGUACCAAAAAUAUUUUGGGAAGCGUUAUUUAAUAAAUUAAAGAAUCAAGAUUUCGAUGCCGGUCUUGUAUUUCAAUUGGCGAAGAUUGAUUAUGAAGAUGACGAAAGAGAGCCUAAGGAUCCCAUUUGGAAAUUAUUUGUGUCUGCAGAAAAUGGUAUUUCUAUGAUAGAUCCUAAUAAUAUAUAUUUGGUGGAUCAUGCGUGGACAUAUGAUACACUUAAUGCAAGAGCUAAUUUAACCAAUGUACCAGGCCUAUUAGAUAGAAUGUGUUCUCUUAUGGGAUAUGAUAUUGAUAACGAUGAGAAUGAAAAGAUUGAAUUUGUACUUAAAGAAAUGUGGAGAUAUAAUCAGUCAUUCUCUCUAAACAGCGGUACCAUAGAAGAUAGAAUGCCCAUUUGGUAUAUAAUGGAUGAAGUUGGAUCUGCUAUUAAUCAUAGCGAUAAUCCUAACUUUAGAACCGUACCAUUUCUUUAUUUACCAGAAGGUGUAACAUAUACACUAUUAUUUCCUAUAAAGGAUGUUAAGUUUGAGGAAGAAGUUACCAGAGAUUUUAUAGAUGGUCAAACUAGUGAUUUAAAGAAAAGACAAGCGUUAUUAUUACCAUGGAUAGAUAAUUCGUUUAUCAAUAAAAGUUUCGUACAAGAGAGUCCUAGUGAAGAUUAUUUUUUGGCUGGUCAUAUAGCAGAAGAUUUACCAGACAAAAUCAAUGCGGAAGAAAAUAUAAUACGAGGACCAAAUGAAAAACUUAAAGUUUAUUCACAAUAUAGUUAUGUAAAUAAUUAUUUAACAGAUCCUGCAUUUGAAAUUGUUGACAGUGAAGAAGACGCUGAUAUUUUAUGGUAUAAUUCUCAUUUCAAGGAAUAUAGAGAAUUAAGUAUUCGUAGGCCUCGUGUUUUUGUCAAUCAAUUUCCUUUUGAAAAUAUUUUGACAAUAAAGGAUCUUUUGUGCAUCGUGUGUAGACGUAAAGCAUCGGAUAAAUCUUACGAUGUUGAUACAUUAGAAACUUAUCCGUUAUGGUUACCAACGACAUAUAACUUAAAUACAGAAUUGGUACAAUUUGUCGCAUAUUUUGAACAACGAGAAUCGAAAAACUUGGAUAAUUUGUGGAUAUGCAAACCAUGGAAUUUGGCAAGAGGUUUGGAUACACAUAUUACGGACAAUCUUUUUCACAUUUUACGAUUACCAAGUACUGGUCCCAAAAUUGCACAAAGAUAUAUAUCAAAACCAGUGUUGUAUGAUAGACCAGAAAUAGGUUUUGUUAAAUUUGAUAUAAGAUACGUCGUCAUGUUAAGAUCUGUUUCACCAUUGAAAGCAUACGCCUAUUCCAAUUUCUUCUUGAGAUUUGCCAACAAAGAAUUUGCAUUGAACAACUUCGACGUUUACGAACAACACUUUACCGUAAUGAAUUAUUCCGAAAAUACAGAUCUAUGUCAUUUAAAGUGUGCCGAUUUUAUCAUUGAAUGGGAAAAACAAUAUCCCGAUUAUCCUUGGACAUCAUACGUCGAGCCAACAAUAUUAAACAUGUUUAAAAAUAUAUUUGAAGCUGCCGUAGCUGAAAAACCGCCCCAAGGAAUAGCACAUUUUCCACAAAGUAGGGCAGUUUAUGCAAUAGAUUUGAUGUUGGAAUGGAAUAAGACUAGUGAGAUGCAACCAAUUUUAUUGGAAAUUAAUUUCUCACCGGAUUGCAAAAGAGCAUGCGAAUAUUAUCCAGAUUUUUAUAACGAUAUAUUCAAUUGUCUUUUCUUAGAUAAAUAUAAUCCUGAAGUAUUCCAUGAUUUAUUUCCAACAUCAUCAUCAUCAUCGACGUCGUCAGCAUCAUCAUUGAACAAUUAAAUAUUGUUAUUCUCUCAUUGAACUAUAAAAGUAUAAUACCCCUAAGCGUAUGCCCAUUUUCAUAAGUAUCGAAAAGCUAUUAGCCAAAAGUAUCAAGAAUAUGCUAUCGCAACCAAACAAAGAGCAUUUACUUAUUUAGAAUACGAAGGAAGAGGUGGCUUAACGCAUUUGGUAUGCGUUAAUGAGGACAAGUAGCUCUGGUUAAUUUGUAUAUACGAGAGCGCGUUAAAGGGUACAUCUGCAGUGUGAAUUAUUCGUAGCUUGCAUAAAUUGACACUGUUGUAGGAAGUCGUCUGGUGCCAGCCACUUAAUGGAAUAAUAAACGAGGAAACAAUUAGAACAGUUUCAUGACAUAGCUCAUGGUCAACCUGUGUAACCUUGUAUUCUGGAAACACACUGGUACUCUACUUAUUUGAUGUAUCUCUGGUUGGUUGGUACUGUGUCUCUACGCUGUGAGAUUUGACUAUCAAACUAAAUUGUUUAAUUAAUCCUAAUGAAACGUAAUACACAGUUAUUAAAGUUAUGUUUUAUUUAACAAAAAUAAAUAAAUGAUUAAGAUUUCAUAUAAUAUAUAUAUAUAUAUAUAGAUAUAUAAACUUACGGAAAAAAGUUGAAUCGUUUUAUAGCAUGUCUGAACGAUCUAAUGCGAGCUUUUGCGACGAAAAAAAAAAAAAAAGAAAAAAGAAAAAAAAGACUUUUAUUACAGCUUUCGAAAAGUACGUACGUUCAAGUCGACGUUUAUAUUCAUAGCAAAUUUUUAUUGGACGUUGAUACAUCGUUUCAUUUUGUAUUUAUUACAUAGUUAAAAUUAAUAGGCAUACCCUUGUCCUGUGAAUACAUCGUUAUAAAACUCA